AAAAAAAAACACUGAUCGGAGUUUGGAGAUAUCGCCGUGGACAUGGCGGUGCGUAAGAGGCUGUUAUCGUGCGCAUCUCCGCUAACACAAGAGAACCAGUCCGCUCUCGCAUCCGUACUCUGCUCUGCCUUUGGACCACCUACAUCGCAGAAGAAUCCCUCGAAUCUAUCUAAAUACCCUUUCCUUAAGCUAGCCACGGAACUUCUUCAGAAACCUGAAUCCCCCAAACAACCUCAAGGGCACAACAACGACAACAACUUUUCUUUCCUCAAAACAUUCACUUUCUCCGACGUCUCCUCUCUUCAUCAUCUUGAUCAUCUCGAUCCCAAUUUCCACAAGAGUGUGUAUGGCUGUGCAUCACUCCUCGACGUUUUAACUAAGCAUGGAAUCGCUUGCCAUGUGCCUAAGCUCAUCUGCUUCAUGAUACUUAAAUGCGCUUUGUUAGACUCAUUGGCUACUACUAGUUUGCUAUAUGGAAUGAAACGAGUCUACACGGAGAUGCUGGAUGUGGUUUCACCAGGUGUUCACACUUAUAACACAAUGGUUAAUGUGUAUUGUAGGCAUGGGUAUAUGGUGGAGUCGAACCAGUUUGUGUGUAAGAUGAUUCAGUCUGGUUUGGCUCCUAAUCUUUCCACAUUUACAUCUUUGAUUAUGGGUUACUCUACAACCAAAGACGUGGAUGCUGCUAUUAGGGUUUUUCAUAAGAAUAUGGUGGAGUAUGGGUGUGUUCCUGAUUUGAAAUGCUAUGAACACCUCAUGUUGGGGAUUUGUUGCGCUAAGAAACUAGGAUUAGCACAAAGCUUGUUGGAUCAGAUGCAAAGACAAGGGAUAGCUCCGAGUUGGAUUGUUUUUGAUGAGAUUGUUAAAUGUUGCUGCAAGAUGAACAAGUAUGAGGAAGCUGCACAUGUUGUGGAUCAUAUGAUUAGCAGUGGCGGUUACACACCGGAAUUGAUGGAUUGCAGGGCAUUGAUUUGCGGGCUCUAUGAACAAGGAGACAAAGAGAGAGCAAAUGCAGUUUUCCAUAAGCUGCUUCAGUGUGGCGAGUACUACGAUGAUGAAAUAGCUUGGACAAUCCUCAUUGGUGGUUUGCGUAAGAAGAAGAGCCUUUCAGAGGAAUUUUCUCAACUGUUCCAAGCAAUGCUAAUAAGUGGCUGUCACUUGAGCCCUCAGACACAUUUUAUGCUUAAUCAGGGGCUUCACAGGAAGACUCAAUGCGCCUGAGUUCUUACAUCUGCUCUCUGCUUUGGUUUUCUGUAACUUCAGCCGACAAAAGGGCACUCGUGUGCAAUAAACUUCAUAGUGGCUA